GAAGAAAAGCUCGCAUAUAGUGGAAUUGCUACAGUUAUUAGUAGUUCAGCACUAUGAAAGUAACGAACAGUUGGUUAGUUAACUCUCCACACCAAACUCGUAUAUUAUUCGUUAAAUCCUCACAUAUAUAUUUCAUCAUUAAUUUAUUCAAAUCCAACUGUUCAAACUUACCAUCACUUGAUAAAAUAGAAACUUUAUAGUGUUAAAUUAAGAUCACAACUAUACAACUCUCACCAUUUAUUGUACCUUUCCCUCUCCUUUUUUUCUCCGUCACACGUUGCUCUCGUUAAUCUCACAGUUAAUUAAAUUAAUUACUAUACCAAAAUGUCGGUCACUGCUAGUUCCCCGGCCGUCCGAUCCUUCCAUGUUUCACGAUCACCAUCUCAUAAAAGGGUCUCUAAGCCACGUGUCAUUAUGUCUGCGGUCCGAUCUAGUGAUAGUUUAGGAGUUGCACCAAUUUUGACUAAGUUGAAGAAAGACUGUGCUACUCCACUUCCUGUUUUGCGCCACGUGGCGGAUGCCAUGGCCUUUGAUAUGCGGGCCGGGCUUGCCGUUGAUGGUGGCAGUGAUCUGAAGAUGAUCCUUAGUUAUGUUGACACUUUACCAACCGGGAAUGAGAAAGGUUUGUUUUAUGCAUUGGACCUUGGUGGUACAAAUUUCCGAGUGUUAAGGGUGCAGUUAGGUGGUAAAGAAGAGCGCGUAAUCGCAACUGAGUUUGAGCAAGUCUCUAUACCUCAAGAAUUGAUGUUUGCCACAUCCGAGGAGUUGUUCAAUUUCAUAGCUUCUGCGCUAGGAAAAUUUGCACAAAAGGAAGGUGGUAAUUUUGAGUUGCCACAAGGACGGACAAGGGAAAUAGGAUUUACAUUCUCUUUUCCAGUGAAACAGACUUCAAUCAAAUCCGGCAUCCUAAUCAAGUGGACAAAGGGUUUUGCUGUCUCUGGAACUGCAGGAAAAGAUGUUGUUGCUUGUUUAAAUGAAGCCAUGGAAAGGCAGGGAACGGAUAUGCAAGUGUCUGCCCUGGUCAAUGACACUGUGGGAACACUUGCCGGUGCAAGAUACUGGGAUGAUGAUGUCAUGGUUGCUGUCAUUCUUGGGACUGGAACCAAUGCUUGCUAUGUAGAACGAGCGGAUGCUAUACCUAAACUGGCAAAAAGGAUGUCCAAAUCUCCAAUAACGAUUGUGAAUACUGAAUGGGGAGCAUUCUCAAAUGGCCUUCCUUUAACCGAGUUUGAUAGAGAAAUGGACGCCGAGAGCAUUAACCCUGGUGAGCAGAUCUUUGAGAAGACAAUCUCGGGUAUGUACCUUGGAGAAAUUGUAAGACGGGUGCUGGUCAAAAUGGCCAAGGUUGGUGGCUUAUUUGGUGGCAGCUAUGUUCCGGAAAAGUUAAUCACUCCAUUUUUUUUGAGGACACCUGAUAUAUGUGCCAUGCAGCAGGAUACAUCGAGAGAUCUUGAAGCUGUUGAAUCUGUCCUCUAUGAUAUAGCUGGGAUAAAAUCCGAUCUAAGUGCAAGGAAAACAGUCGUGGACAUCUGCGACACUAUUGCAAAACGAGGGGGUCGUUUGGCUGGUGCAGGAAUUGUUGGGAUUCUACAAAAAAUGGAGGAAGAUUCUAAAGGCGUCAUCUUUGGUAAGAGAACAGUUGUAGCGAUGGAUGGAGGCUUAUACGAGCACUAUCCUCAGUACAGGGGAUACCUCCAAGAAGCUGUCACAGAGCUUCUCGGAUCGGAAAUUUCAAAAAAUGUAGUGAUAGAACAUUCAAAAGAUGGAUCAGGAAUUGGAGCUGCAUUAUUAGCUGCUGCAAACUCAAAAUAUGAACAUGAUUUUUAGGAAUUGCUAAAUUUCAUGUCUUUUUACAUGGCUGGUAAAGAGCAUUUGCAAUUUAGAAUUUUUUAAAGAAGUAUUGAUUAUUGGAUUUCUCAUUCUUUAAGUAGAGGCUCUUGUUUGUGAUGCCAUUUUUAAACUGCCAUUAUGCAGCAGUGAAGUACGAAAGAAGUGGGGAUUCAAAUACCCGACCUCAACUUGUAUGGGACUGAGGUGUAGAUGUUGUUGUAUUAUGCAGAGUGAAGUAUUAGAUGUGAUAAAAGCAGAUGUAUUAGUAAAUAUAGAACAUCUUGUUUGCUUAUAACUUUGAUGAAUAAGCACAUUUUUGUGGCAUUUGAGAUA